AGCGUCGCCUGGCUCCAGACGCUCGUGUCCGCGCAACCGUGAGCGAGCCCGAGAGGAAGGAAACUCUCGCACGCUUGCAAACGGGGUCACGAACUAUGACCUUUCACUGGAGUAAAACAAUAACAAAUAAUGUGCAAUAAACCCAAGAGCAAAAAACCUUCCGUAUCACAGGUGGAGGUGUUGCUGGCAGUUGCAGAGCUGGCCUUUGUCCAAUCAGACACUUCUAAUGACUUCACUUCACCAUGACAACCAAUGUGGAGGUGCUGGCUCAGCAGAUAUUGACCGCUGAGCAGGUUUCAGGGGUACAGUCAUCUGCGUCAGACAGCUCAGUGAUGAGCUCCUCUCCCCAGCGCAUUCAGAUCAUCUCCACUGACCCCUCUGUCACAACCCCCCAGAGAAUACAGAUAUUUACUGAGCAGCAGACGGGUCAAAAAAUCCAGAUAGUGACAGCACUGGACUCCACUGUGCCCAAACAGCAGUUUAUCCUGGCAUCACCUGAGGGUACUAGUGCCAAACAGCUUAUCUUUGCCACUGCUGACAGCCUGGUGCCUGGACGAAUUCAGUUUGUAACAGAUGCAGUGUCAGUGGAGAGGCUUCUGGGUAAAGGGGCAGACAUGAGCCGAGCACAGCCUAUUGAAUACUGCGUGGUAUGUGGAGAUAAAGCUUCAGGGAGGCAUUAUGGGGCAGUCAGCUGCGAAGGUUGUAAGGGGUUCUUCAAGCGAAGUGUGCGCAAGAGUCUGACAUACAGCUGCCGCAGUAACCAGGACUGUGUGGUCAACAAACACCAUCGCAACCGCUGCCAGUUCUGUCGUCUCAGGAAGUGCUUGGAGAUGGGCAUGAAGAUGGAGUCUGUACAGAGUGAGAGGAAACCCAUUGAUCUUCCUAGAGAAAAACCUGCCAACUGUGCAGCAUCCACAGAGAAAAUCUACAUCAGGAAAGACCUGCGGAGUCCCCUCAUUGCAACACCCACCUUCAUCUCUGAGAAAGAUGCCUCACAGUCCAGGCUGUUGGACUCUGGGAUGCUUGUCAAUAUCCAACAACCUUUAACACAAGCUGAUGGCACAUUACUAUUAGCAACAGACAAAGCGGAGUCAGGACAAGGUGAUCUGGGGACGCUGGCAAAUGUGGUUUCAUCAUUAGCCAACCUGAAUGAUCCGGUUAGUAACGGAGAGCUGGAGGAGUCACCCAGUGAAAUCACACGUGCCUUUGACACGCUAGCUAAAGCUCUGAACCCCAGUGAGGUGGUGGAGGGCCAGAGCUUGUCAGAGGUGGAUGGGGUGGGUGGAGCUACAAUACAGGUGAUCAGCAGGGAUCAAAUCUCACCACUCAUAGAAGUCGAGGGACCUCUGCUUACAGACACACACAUCAGCUUUAAGUUGAUGAUGCCAAGCCCAAUGCCCGAGUAUCUGAAUGUGCAUUAUAUCUGUGAGUCUGCAUCACGCCUGCUCUUCCUCUCCAUGCACUGGGCGCGCUCUAUUCCAGCCUUCCUUGCUCUCGGGCAGGAAUGUAACACAGCUCUGGUGCGAGCAUGCUGGAAUGAGUUGUUUAUUCUGGGUCUGGCACAGUGCGCUCAGAUCAUGAGUCUGUCCACCAUCCUCGCUGCCAUCGUCAAUCAUCUGCAGUCCAGUAUCCAGGACGUAGACAAGCUAUCGAGUGAACGCAUUACACUAGUCAUGGAGCACAUAUGGAAGCUGCAGGAGUUCUGCAACAGCUUGGCAAAGCUGCAGACAGACGGAUAUGAAUAUGCCUACUUAAAAGCCAUUGUCCUGUUCAGUCCAGAUCACCCAGGUGUGAGCAGCUGUAGCCAAAUUGAAAAGUUCCAGGAAAAAGCGCAGAUGGAGCUCCAGGACUAUGUGCAAAAGACUUAUCCCGAUGACACCUACAGGUUGGCCCGAAUCCUGUUGCGUUUACCAGCGUUGCGGUUGAUGAGUUCCAGUAUAACUGAAGAGCUGUUUUUUACUGGCCUUAUUGGAAAUGUACCGAUCGACAGUAUCAUCCCAUAUAUCCUUAAAAUGGAGACUGCAGACUACAACAGCCAAAUCACAAGUCCCUCUGUGUGAUCGCACUCUGACUGUCAUUUAAUUUUGACCCUUAGACUGAAUUCAUGCAAGUCCCAUCAUCCCUUGCCUUCACGGUGACUCAAAUAUAUCACAAUAUAUUGAACCGACCAACAAGCUCUACCUCAAGAGGAGCUGCAACAGUGAAAGCCUUUCAGUAUGUGACCUUUACCCUAGAAAUAUUGUUGUAGUUUGCAGAGAGAUGCAUUAUGGGACUUUCAGUUCCAAUGACAGGACAUUUGCCUCAAAAAUUAAACAAAGGCCUUUCUUUUUUUUAAACCUUAAUUUAAAAACACUUGAGCACUUCAUGAUGAUUCCAAUGGAAACAAUCCAAGACAAAAUUUUGAAAUCCCCAAAUUCUCCCAAUACAGUUUUUUUUUUUACUUGCGAGGAUAAUAUCAACAACAAUGGUCUUUUCCAGUGGAAGAUGUGAUUCUUGGUUGAAUGUAACCGUUAACAUCAAGACAGUUUGCUUCUGAAUCGCUACUCAUUCAUUUUUCUCAUUGAUAAAGCAGUUAUUGAGUAGAAUGCAAAUUUUCUGUGUCCCACAGACUUUGUACUGUCACUUCUGUCAUCAUGACAAUCAGCCUUCUCCUCCUCAAUAUCAUGUUUUCCCUUCAAAAUCAUGUAUUUAUUUCAUUGAGUCUAACUCUAGAAGUUCAUACAAAUGUAGAUAAUCUGAUUUGCUUGGUUUCAAAAAUCAUCUGUUAUUAAAUGAUAUGUAGGACGUAUUUGAUCUGUAUCUUUAUAGCAUUUGACUGCUGCUGCAAUGUACAAAAGGUGUAAUUUUCAGAUGUAAUAUAUCCACAAUCGUGAUGGUUUAAUGCACUUAGAUUACUAAUUUGCUUUUUAUUUGCAGAUUUGUGCACAGAUCGUCCUAGUUUGUGUGUUUCUAAUUUUGUUUUCAUUUCAAAAACUACAAAAUGUCUAAUUUUGUCCUAAUUGUAAGAAAAGUAUUGGCAUGCACUUAUUAAUAUGAAUUCCCCCCCCCCCC